AUGACUACAUAUCAAUAUCAAGAUACCUUACAAAAAUUGCCAAUACCAGAUUUAAAUCAGACAUGUACUAAUUAUUUAAAAGUAUUAAGACCUUUACAAACUGAACAAGAACAUGAAAAAACAGUAGCAGCAGUUGAAAAAUUCUUAAAAUCAGGGGUUGGUAGUUAUUUAGAUACUGAAUUAAGAAAUUAUGCUAAAACAAGACCUUCUUAUAUUGAACAAUUUUGGUAUGAUGCUUAUCUUAAUUAUGAUUCACCCGUUGUUUUAAAUCUUAAUCCAUUUUUCUUAUUGGAAGAUGAUCCUUUUACUAAUGAACAUUCUCCAUUUGAUCCACAAGUUAAAAGAGCUACUUCUUUAACUAUGGCAAGUUUAAAAUUCAUUCAAGCUUUGAAAAAUGAAGAAUUAUCAGUAGAUACUUUACGUAAUGGUAAACCAUUAUGUAUGUAUCAAUAUACUAAAUUAUUUGGUGCCAGUAGAAUCCCAACAAGUGAUGGUUGUAUGAUGCAAAGUGAUCCAAAAGCAAAUCACAUUAUUGUCAUGUCAAAAUCUCAAUUUUAUUGGUUUGAUGUAUUGGAUUCAGAUAAUAAUUUGAUUCUUACUGAAGCUGAAUUAAGUGUUAAUUUCACUUCAAUUAUUCAUGAUUCUUUACUUACACCUUCCAAUGAAGUUGCUAAAUCUUCCUUUGGGGUCUUAACUACUGAAAAUAGACGUGUUUGGGCUAAUGUUAGAAUUCAUAAUAUUGCUGAAAAUAAAAUCAAUAAUGAAAUCUUGGGAAUUAUCGAUUCUGCCCUUUUUGUCCUUUGUUUUGAUGAUAUUGUAAUUAAUGAUCUUUCCGAACUUUCAAAAAAUAUGCUUUGUGGUUUAAGUAUUCUUGAUAAAGGUAUUCAAGUUGGUACUUGUACAAAUAGAUGGUAUGAUAAAUUACAAAUCAUAAUCACGAAAAAUGGGAAAGCCGGGAUUAAUUUCGAACAUACUGGUAUUGAUGGUCACACUGUUCUUCGAUUUGUUUCUGAUAUUUACACAGAUUCCAUCCUCGCAUUUGCCAAUACAAUCAAUCAAAACACUCCUUCAUUAUGGAACACAACUCAUAAUUAUGAAAUCCAUGAAACAGAAAACUUAAUCACAAUCCCAAGGAAAUUAGAAUGGGAUUUAACUCCAGAACUUUCACUUGCUUUAAGAUUUGGUGAAACUAGAUUAUCCGAUUUAAUCAAUCAAAAUGAAUUCCGUCAUCUUGAAUUCAAAAAUUAUGGUUCCACAUAUAUAAAGAAAAUCAAAUUCUCCCCAGAUGCAUUUGUUCAAAUGGCUUUCCAAGCAAGUUAUUAUGCCCUUUAUGGAAAAGUUGAAUGUACUUAUGAACCAGCUAUGACUAAACAAUUUUAUCAUGGACGUACAGAAGCAAUUCGUACUGUUUCUCAAGAAUCCAACUUAUUUGUUAGAAAAUUCUUUGAUUCAAAUGUUAGUGAUGAAGAUAAAUUGAAAUAUUUAACUGAAGCAUGUGCUGCUCAUUCCGCACAAACUAGAUUAGCAAGUUCUGGACAAGGGGUCGAUAGACAUUUAUAUGGGUUGUUUAACAUUUGGAAAAGAUAUGUUGAUGAAGCAGACCAACUCCAUGCAAGUGAUAUGGAAGAAGAAGGUUCUAACAGUCAUACAGAUGAUGAACAUACCGUCGUUGGAGACGACAUCAACAAUCCAAAAUCAGAUCUUUUGAGACAAUUACCAGAUAUUUUCGCCGAUGCAGGCUGGGAUAAACUCAACAACACAAUCAUCUCAACUUCAAAUUGUGGUAAUCCAUCACUUAGAUUAUUCGGUUUUGGUCCAGUAAGUGCAAAUGGUUUCGGGAUCGGAUAUAUCCUAAAAGAUGAUUCCAUUUCCAUUUGUGUAAGUUCAAAACACAGACAAACUCAAAGAUUCUUAACCACCUUGAAUUCAUACUUGUUAGAAAUCCAAGCCACUAGUAGAAGAGUCAGAUAUGCCGCCGCCGCUAAAGCCAAAGCCGAAGAAGCUGCCCGUAUUGCCGCAGAAGCGGCUGCCUCUAGGGCCGCUAAGAUGGAAGCUGAACGUGAAGCCGCUGCCCUGGCUAAAGCCGCAGAAGCCAUUUUUACUGAAAGUCAAGCUACAAAACCGGGUCAUUUGAGCAGUUUGCUUGGUGGGUAUGGAUAUUUCGAUAUGGGUGAACAUGAUAUUAAGAGUAGAGGACAAAGUCCAGAACCUCCAUUCUUGAAUAUGAAUGAACUUGUGGGUGGCGGUUUUAGUGCUAGAGAAAUUGGUAAGAAGUUGAGAUUGUCUGAAUAUUAG